GUACUAUUUAUAGUUAAGUGUAAGCCGAUGUUGGAUGUAGUCAUAAAAUGAAAUGUAUUAAACAUUAAUUUCGUACAAUCUAUGCACAUUCUGCUUAAUUUGUAUGUAAUUUGUAGUUGUUGAUUUAAGAUAAUUUGUGCACUUUCAGCUGCCUAAUCAGUGAAAGUCCAAAUACAAAGCACAAUCGAAACGUUUUGCAUUGGUAGAGAUGGUGUAUAGUUGUCUGUACUGUAAUAUGCACUACUGCAUUUGUCCGCUAGAGGCUGUUUACAUGACAGCCCUGUAACAGUGAUACCUUGAUAUGACAUGACAAGACUAAUCACAAGAUUGAUGCCUGACAAUCAUACAAUGCCAUUUACAAUGUCAAAGAAGUAGGAAAAAGGGUAAAAAGACAGAGGGUCAAAGAAAAAGAAAAAGAUGGGGAGAGACAACAGUGUUAGAGAUAGUAGAGGGAUAGGAUUCAAGGAGGGAGGGGUUUGAUAAUCCUGCUUGGAUUAAGAGAGAGAGGAAGUCCCAACAUCCCUCUCUCUCACACUCUUCGUCCCUCCAAUCAAAUGUGGAUGACAGUGAGUUAAAAAAAAGACAAGUUAGACAUCUCCAAUACAUCAAGGAAUGUUGUGUUGGAAUAAUGUGGAGAUGGAAGUCUAGGAGGAUGCUUGUUAGGACUGCUGAACUUUGACAUUUUAAUGUCUGGAUUUCUUUUAUUUUAAACCAGGAUGUCAUGGAGUCUGCAGACAAUCAAUGCCUCUUCUAAGCAGGUUUUGGAGCUUUGCAGGCUCUUUGCAUGUCAUCAUGGACAGUGCUGUGGUCUGGAACGUCACGCCAAGCCUCUGCCGGUACUGCGGACUUAAACACAAGUGAUGCUUGGACUUCUUAAAGAAGAGAUGGAAGUCGGCGGUGCUGGACCACGUCACAUAAAUGGGACGCGGCGAGGGAUGCUGGUGAUGCUCCCGUGGAUUAUCCUCUGCACUUCUCUGUGGAUGGUGGUGAACGGCCAGAUGAAGAUCUCCCCGGAGACUGUGCAAAAGUGGGCUGUGACCUUUGGUAAAGAGAUAGCGGCGCUCUCCACCAAAUACUCCGGAGCUAAACUGCUACAAAAAAAAUAUAAGGACGUGGAAGGUGUGCUGAAGAUUGAGGAGGUGGAUGGCGAGGAACUGGUGAAGAAGUUUGCAGAGGAGAUGGAGGAGAUGCUCGGGAGGAAGAUGAAAUCUGUCAAGAGGUUAGCAGAAGCAGCAGAGGACGCUGAUCUUUACCACGAGUACAAUGAUACGCUGGAGUUUGAAUACUACAAUUCCAUGUUAAUCAACAUGGUAGACGAGGACGGCAAUUCGCUGCCUCUGGGAGGAGAAUUCCCCCUGGAGGCCAAUGAACACUUCAGCAAACUGCCCGUCAACACGCAGCAAAGCAACAUCCAAGUCCCUACCAACGUCUACAACAGAGAUCCAGACAUCCUCAAUGGGGCGUACAUGUCGGAGGCUCUGAAUGACGUGUUCAUAGACAACUUCCAGAAGGAUCCCACGCUUACCUGGCAGUACUUCGGCAGCUCUAGCGGCUUCUUCAGGCUCUACCCGGGGAUCCAGUGGAUCCCAGACGAAAACGGGGUGGUCACAUUCGACUGUAGGAACAGAAACUGGUACAUCCAGGCCGCCACCUCCCCUAAAGAUGUGGUCAUUGUGGUGGAUGUGAGCGGCAGCAUGAAGGGACUCAGACUCACCAUUGCCAAACACACCAUCAACACAAUACUGGACACGCUGGGAGAGAACGACUUUGUCAACAUCAUCGCUUAUAGCGACUACGUUCGCUACGUGGAACCGUGCUUCAAGGGAACUUUGGUACAAGCUGAUCUGGAUAACAGAGAGCAUUUCAAGCUCCUGAUUGAUGAGCUCCAUGUGAAAGGAGAGGGCAAAGUGAAGAAUGCGAUGAAAGAGUCGUUCAAGAUCCUCAAUGAGGCUGCAGCCCUCGGCCAGGGCAGCCUGUGCAACCAGGCCAUCAUGCUGAUCACAGACGGCGCCAUGGAGGACUUCCAGGACGUUUUUGAAGAGUUCAACUGGCCAGAUCGGCGGGUUCGAGUGUUCACUUAUCUGAUUGGACGAGAGAUGACGUUUGCUGAAAAUGUCAAAUGGAUCGCCUGCAAUAACAAAGGUUACUACACACACGUCUCCACGCUGGCCGACGUGCAAGAAAACGUCAUGGAGUACCUGCACGUUCUAAGCAGACCCAUGGUCAUCAACCACGACCAUGACAUCAUUUGGACUGAGGCCUACAUGGACAGUGUGUUACCAACCACGAAAGAGCUGUUCAACAGCCAAGCUCAGAGUUUGCUCCUGAUGACCUCGGUGGCCAUGCCGGUGUUCAGCAAAAAAAAAGAGACCCUGUCUCAUGGAAUUUUACUGGGAGUUGUUGGAACGGACGUCGCACUAAGAGAAUUGAUGAGAUUAGCGCCCAGAUACAAGCUGGGUGUCCACGGUUAUGCCUACCUCAUCACAAACAAUGGCUACAUCUUGUCUCAUCCUGACCUCCGGCCUCUGUACAAAGAAGGCAAGAAGCUGAAGCCCAAACCCAAUUAUAACAGCGUCGACUUGUCCGAGGUGGAAUGGGAGGACAUGGAGGAGAUGCUAAGGACAGCCAUGGUCAAAGGAGAAACUGGUACCCUGUCCUUAGAUGUGAGGACUUCAGUGGAUAAAGGAAAACGAGUGAUGUUCCUAAAAAAUUAUUACUUCUACACCAGCAUCAAUGAGACACCUUUCAGUCUUGGUAUAGUGCUGACCAGAGACAAUGGACAGUAUAUAUUCAUUGGAAAUGUAUCUGUUGAAGAGGGUCUUCAUGAUUUACUCGCACCUGAUUUGACCAUAGCCAGUGAAUGGACCUACUGUGAGACCGACAUUGACCCGGCACAUCGUAAGCUGAGCCAGCUGCAGGCUGUGGUCAGAUACCUAACGGGCAAAGAACCAGACCUAGAGUGUGACGUGCAGCUCUUGCAGCAAACCUUAUUUGACGCGGUGGUGACGGCACCAAUGGAAGCUUACUGGACGGCCCUCAUGCUCAAUCCAGCUGGUAUAGAUGAGGGCUUGGAAACAGCCUUCCUGGGCACUCGUUCAGGCCUGAUGAGGUUCCAGCGAUACAGUGGCAUUGAAAAGAGAGUUGGCAAGUCUUUCCUGACUUCCAUGGACAAGGAGAACAUGUUCACGCUGGAUCACUUCCCACUGUGGUAUCGCCGGGCAGCCGAGUACCCUGCUGGACAGUUUCUGUACUACAUGCCCCGACAGGAGACCAGAGCUGGAAGGAUCGUGAUCGCUACCACUGCCAUCACUGUGUCAGUGGGCAAGAGAACAGCCAUCGCAGGAGCCAUUGGUGUUCAGAUGACCCUGGAGGUGAUGGAGUCCAAGUUUUGGGCCAUUGCAUCACAGGCAAACGAUACAGAUUGCUCGGCUGUGGAAGGAGUGUGUCCUCUUCGCUGUGACGGCUUUGAUAUGGAUUGUUAUGUGAUUGACAAUAAUGGAUUUGUCCUUAUUUCCAAACAGAGAAAGGACGCGGGAAGGUUCUUUGGCGAAGUUGACGGCUCAGUGAUGACCACACUCAUACGAAUGGGAAUGUUCAAAAGGGUGUCUCUGUUUGACUACCAGGCCAUGUGCAAGAUGAACAUUCACUCCAUCAGCGGAGCCCGGCCGCUUCUUAGCUCAUUUUAUGGAUUGGCAUCCGCCCUCAAGUGGUUCCUCUCCAACUUCCUCCUCUUUCUCCUUGAGUUCAACAUCUGCGGAUUCUGGCACACGGAGCACUUUGCAGACGGCAAGCCAUCCUCUAGCACGUCGUACAUACACAAGAAGAAGGGGGACAUCCUGCAGCCGUGUGACACAGAGUACCCCAGCUUCAUCUAUGAGCCGUCGGUCAAAGAGACCAACAGUAUCAUUAAGUGUGGACGCUGCCAGAAGCUGUUUGUGGUGCAGCAGAUCCCGGAGAGCAACCUGCUGAUGCUGGUGGUCCAAGCCGACUGCGACUGCUCCAAACAGCACCCGCCCAUCACCAUGGAGCCCAAAGAAGUCAAAUAUAUCUCCUCAGUCAAAUGUGAGCGCAUGCGAUCCCAGAAGAUCCGCCGCCGGCCCGAGUCCUGCCAUGCUUACCACCCUCAGGAGAACGCAAACGACUGUGGAGGAGCGUCCGCAGCAUCCCUUUCUGCCUUGCUGGUCCUCCUUUGUCCCCCAGUCGCCAUGUUCCUCUCGCCAUGGUGACCCAUCCUGUUGCCGGACACCACAAGUGGAUUUAUUUUGUAUGUCUCAGGGUGCGUUCACACUGGUCGUGUUUGCUUGUGUUAAAAGGAAGUCCGGUGGUUGGGUUCGUCUCACUUGUGCUCAAAUGUAAACCACCAAAGACUCAAUCAGUGUUAAGUGACAGCAAAAAGCAGAGAUGGUAAAUAUGUAAGAACAUGUGUUGGAAGUGCACCGAAAUGCGCUCUGAACCACAAGUCUGAAUGCAUUUUUGACGUUGUUUUGGUUAACUACAGUGAAAUUGGCUGCUGUUGCCAUGGUCACCACUCCAUUAGUUACUUUCCUUGCAUGUCAAAGUGGAAACGAAGGAGAAGCAGGUGGCUGCUGUAACUCACGGUGAUGAAUUAUGAAUCACAUGAGUGAAUGUAAUGACUUUCUGAUAUACCUUCACCCCACUUAGAGUUGCAUAUGGCCGCGCUAUUCUAAAUACAGUAUAUGUGCAUCUCAAUAAAUGUAAUAGUCUUGGAAAGUUAUUUGAGGUCAGUAGUUCAAUUCAGAUUACUAGACCAAGUCAAUUAAUCUAGGAAAUACUGAAUUCAUUUUUUUAUAGCUGUAAAGUAGGGGUGUCCCGACUCCCGAUCCAAUAUUGAUCUAAUAUCAUUAAAAAAAACUGAGUUGGGAUUAUAUGGGCCUGCAUCUAAAACGUCAGAUAUAAGAACUGCGAUAGUAGCAGUCUAACGUCUCUUCUUGCUGGCUUAGCAGACUGAUUGAUUGAUUGAUUGAGACUUUUAUUAGUAGGUUGCACAGUGAAGUACAUAUUCCGUACAAUUGACCACUAAAUGGUAACACCCGAAUAAGUUUUUCAACUUGUUUAAGUCGGGGUCCACUUAAAUUGAUUCAUGAUACAGAUAUAUGCUAUCAUAUAUACUAUCAUCAUAAUACAUCGUGUCUCCAUUUGAGAGCAUUUUACUUCAAAACACUGUAAAAGUUGAACACAGAAAUAAAGUAUGUUAUAACGUACAUGGGAUACUAACUAGCUUCUCUGUGACAUUCCAACACAAAAGAAAUGCAUUAAAGCACAUGCGCUAGCUUGAUGCUAAUUUACAUUGGCUAUGCCAUAGACAUGCUACUAAUUAGCAUUAGCGAUUUUACAUGGUGAUUUCCACACAUUUGUUAAUGAAAACUACAACUAUGAUGCAUGUUGCAAUCAAACAGCUGGUGUGUAAUAAGUACAAUACUUACUUACUCAACCAAGACAAAACGGGCCCAUUUAAAUUAAGACUACUUUCUGACUUUGGCAACACACCUCGGACAAACUGAAAUGAAUGCUUUAAAUCAUUCUCAGAAGUGGAAUUAAAACUAAAUAAAACAACUAGUUUGCAGUCCAUUCCAGACUCUGAUCUGAUCUCUGAUUCUAUCCAGCAUGCAUAGCCCACGUGAUCACAACAUAUCACUUGAUCAAUACUUCUAUAACAUUACACGCUAAAAAAUAAGUCAAAAUUAUGUGUUAUUUGUGCUGAUAUCAGAUCAAAAUCGGUAUCGGCCAAUGGUCAAGGCUGCAACAUCGGAAUAAUAGAAAAGCGCUAUAUAAAUCUAAUCCAUUAUUAUUAUCAUUAUUAUAAAACAUUUUUAGCAUUAUCCUUACUGUAAACUCUAUAAUGUGUUAUAUUUAAUAGCUGAGGGUUUUCUUUUUUUUAAUUGAACCACUGAAAUUCACUUUUCAAAGAUAUUCUACUGUAUUGAGAUGCUUUUCUCUAUAUAUUUAGAUUUAUAAAUAAUUCCUUGGUUCGCUUAUCAAAUAAAAUGGUCACUCACAACAAACAUUUGUUACCCUUUAAAUUAACAGUUUAAAUCUAACUACAUAUGGUAUUUUUGUACAUUUCUACUCGUUUCAUAUACUUUUCUCCGCCCUGUUGCAUGUUUACCACAAAUUGCCUGACUGUUGACCCAUCUUUAUUGCUUAAACCAUCAAACAUAUUCAUUCAUAUUUUUGUCCUUCAAACUUCACACUAUUGUUUGUGUCUAGACUGUACACUGAUGAACAAAGCCAUUAUUUAUACAUUAAAUUAUCUCCAUGUUUUGUACUGUCUAGUGUCUGUGUGAGUUGACUUAGGUUGGUAUAAUUUCAAGAUGACGAGAUAAUUUGAGCCAUUUUAAUAAAUAUACAUUUCUUCUUUAUGCAAUGUUUCUAUUCCUGUCACUGUUACUGUGCAAAGUUUUUCCACCAAUAUUCUACGAAAAAUCCAAUAAAGCUUAAAAACGAAAUUGUUUAAUAUAAUGUUAGUAAUAAUGACUAAACAUUUGUCAGAAUAUGGAGACCUUCUUUCCCUAUUAAAAUGGUAGCAUGGUAAAACAGGAUGUCAACAAACUCUCAGACAUUCUUUCUUUCUUUCUUUUUUUAGUUUAUUUCGAACAUAAUA